AUGGAUUUGUCUUUAUUCUCGGAUAUCAAAUCAUCAAUUAAUAAGGAAGCUAAAUCUCAAUCUUCUUCCAAAAACAAUAAGCCUUCGAAAAAGGAUACAAGCAAUCCAUCAAAAAAAAGGAAAGAAGGAAAAGAGGGAAAAGAGCAAUCUCCCUCUGAUAAUAAAGAGAACAAGAAGGAUCAGAAAAAUGGUGAGAAGCAACAAACCAAGAAAGCCAAGAAGGAAAAUGAAACUUUGCUCAAGGACAUAAUGGAUUUAGGAGGUUCCAAGGAAGAUUUGGAAUUAAUUAAAGACGUUGGAAGUGAUGAAGAGAUUGAUCCUAAACAGGAUAAGAAUAAGAAAUCCUCCAAGGCAGACAAUGAUUCUGAUUCUAAUCUUUUGCAGGAUUUAUCCAAAUUUGCCGGCCAGCUAGGAUUUGCUCAAAAUAGGUUUGAUGAGCGCGCUUACGAUUCAGAAUCCGAUGAAGACAGUAGUGAAGAUGAAGAAGCUUCUUUGUCUGCCGACUCAGAUUCAAUAGUAGGCGAGCACGAAGAUGAUGCUUCUGACCAGCAAAGCGAUGAUAAGCAACACGAGAAGAAAUAA